AGAUCCGACUCUUUACCAAUCAGACAGCACUAUCACUCAAGACUGCAUUAAGGCUACGUCCAUCUCUCUCUUAAGCUACUACACCGGUAGUCUUAUUUUCUCACAAUGCCUUUCUCUGAAUUAUAUUUUAAUGUGGACAAUGGUUAUCUAGAGGGGCUGGUGAGAGGUUUUAAGGCUGGUAUUUUAUCUCAGGCGGAUUAUUUGAAUCUCGUUCAGUGUGAAACUCUGGAAGACCUGAAGCUUCACUUGCAGAGCACUGACUAUGGAAGCUUCCUGGCCAAUGAAGCCUCUCCCCUCACUGUCUCCGUCAUUGAUGACAAGCUGAAAGAGAAGAUGGUGGUUGAGUUCCGCCAUAUGAGGAACCAGUCUUAUGAGCCUCUGGCCAGCUUCAUGGAUUUCAUCACAUACAGCUAUAUGAUUGACAACGUCAUACUGUUGAUCACUGGAACUCUUCAUCAGCGGGCCAUUUCAGAGCUGGUGCCCAAGUGCCAUCCGCUUGGCAGCUUCGAACAGAUGGAGGCCGUUAACAUCGCCCAAACUCCAGCAGAGCUCUAUAAUGCCAUCCUGGUGGAUACACCUCUUGCUGCUUUCUUUCAGGACUGCAUCUCUGAGCAGGAUUUGGAUGAGAUGAACAUUGAAAUAAUUCGCAACACUCUUUACAAGGCUUAUCUAGAAGCUUUCUACAAGUUCUGCACUUCACUGGGUGGCACAACCGCAGAUACCAUGUGCCCAAUUCUGGAGUUUGAGGCAGACCGAAGAGCUUUCAUCAUUACCAUUAACUCCUUUGGUACGGAGCUCUCCAAAGAAGACAGAGCUAAACUCUUCCCUCACUGUGGCAAGCUCUACCCAGAGGGUCUUGCACAGCUAGCCCGCGCAGAUGAUUACGAGCAGGUCAAAGCUGUGGCUGAAUACUACCCUGAAUACAAGCUUCUCUUUGAGGGUGCUGGUAGCAACCCAGGAGACAAAACCCUUGAGGAUCGCUUUUUUGAACAUGAGGUGAAACUCAAUAAGCUGGCCUUCCUGAAUCAGUUUCAUUUCAGCGUGUUCUAUGCCUACGUUAAGUUGAAGGAACAAGAGUGCCGAAACAUUGUGUGGAUUGCCGAGUGUAUUGCCCAAAGGCAUCGGGCUAAGAUUGACAACUACAUCCCCAUUUUCUAAUGUCACAGCCCAUUGCAAGUGAAGGAUCCAGGGAAUUACAGGAAAACAGGAAAGUUUAAGUGAAAUGCAAAACUCAAGACAUCUAAUUGUCAUACUCUUCCUGCUAAGAAAAUAUACAUUCCAUUAUUAUCAUUUAUGCAUUGCAUACUUUUUCAAUUAUUGUACAUUUUCAGAUU